CAUCCGUCAAUCCCUCACCACACACCCCCCCCAGCGCGUCCUUGUCCUUUUCCACGAGCGUUCACCAACCCGAAUCGAACACUCUCAGCGUCAUCCGAGCAUCGAGAGAUGAGUAGUCGCGGCGGUAAAUUAGCCCCAGAAGUCAACCGAGCUCUGUUCGUGAAGAACUUGAGCUACAACGUAACUCCAGAGGAGUUGUUCGACCUGUUCGGAAAAUUCGGCCCAAUUCGACAGGUCCGCCAGGGCAUUGCAAGCGGCACCAAGGGUACCGCCUUCGUCGUCUAUGAAGACGUAAUGGAUGCGAAGCAAGCUUGCGACAAGCUCAACGGCUUCAACUUCCAGAACCGAUACCUCAUCGUUCUGUACCACCAGCCAGAGAAGAUGCUCAAGUCAAAAGAGGACCUCGAGGCUCGCCAGGCUCGUUUAGCGCAGCUCAAGACACAGCACGGUAUCGAUUGACAAUCCGACGGGUCUGUGGCACGCCUCCAGACACCUACCUCGUCUGCAGGCCCGUCUAUUUCAUCUAAACGAACCACUUCUCCGGAUCAGAAGACGAUCCUCAGAAAGGGCAAGCCGGCCAUCACCGGGCGCGCACCCCGAACCGGUGUACGAUUCGCCGAUGGGGUGCUCCCCAACUCGCUCCGGGCCCAG